UUUUCAGCUCAGAGUAUAAACCAAGUUUAAGAAGAAAAGUACUGUAGCUGUGACUUUCUCUAGUUUCUUUCUUGGACAAAACUCAAAGACCGAGAGAGUGAACCAGAAAAGAGAGGAAUACGCAAGGCUUUUGCAGGGACGUUGGGUUGUGAUCGAGUUGUAGCAGCAGAGAUUCGCAAUGGACGUGAUAAAGUCACAGCAGGUAUCAGCUCGCCCGAUCGAGAAGGUCAUAGUACACCCUUUGGUACUGUUAAGCAUAGUCGACAACUACAACAGAGUUGCUAAGGACACUCGAAAGCGCGUCGUCGGCGUCCUCCUCGGGAGUUCCUUCAAAGGCACCGUCGAUGUCACCAACAGCUAUGCAGUGCCUUUUGAAGAAGAUGACAAGGAUCCAAGCAUAUGGUUUCUUGACCACAACUACCAUGAAUCAAUGUUUUCCAUGUUCAAGAGAAUAAACGCCAAGGAGCACGUUGUGGGUUGGUACAGUACAGGCCCCAAAUUGCGUGAGAAUGACCUAGAUCUUCACAGUUUAUUUAAUGACUAUGUUCCGAAUCCCGUGUUGGUCAUAAUAGAUGUUCAACCAAAGGAGUUGGGAAUACCCACCAAAGCUUACUAUGCUGUUGAAGAGGUUAAAGAGAAUGCUACGCAGAAAAGCCAGAAGGUUUUUGUUCAUGUUCCGUCGGAAAUUGCUGCUCAUGAAGUGGAGGAAAUUGGAGUGGAGCACUUGCUGAGAGAUGUGAAGGAUACAACCAUCAGCACACUUGCAACUGAGGUCACUGGAAAACUUGCAGCUCUAAAGGGUUUGGAUGCACGUCUACUAGAGAUACGUAGUUACCUUGAUCUUGUUAUUGAUGGAAAACUCCCAUUAAAUCAUGAAAUUCUUUAUCAUUUACAGGAUGUAUUCAACCUUCUUCCAAAUCUCAAUGUGACUGAGUUAAUCAAGGCUUUUGCAGUGAAAACAAAUGACAUGAUGCUUGUCAUAUAUCUUUCAUCCCUGAUCCGAGGUGUCAUCGCGCUUCACAAUUUGAUCAAUAAUAAGAUGCUUAACAAAGAACACGAGAAAGCCGAGGAUGCAAAGCCGGCAACAGUACCACCCAUUGGUGGAAGCUAAACGAGGGUUUUAUCACUAAUUAGGUUUUCAGCCAUGGUAAAAUUCAAGCUUUGGGGGAGAGUGAACCCGAGAUAAGCUAUUUCGACAACUCUCAUUGAGAAUUUCCAGAAUGCAAUCGCAGAGAACAGGGCUUCAAACGUUGGAUUCAUGAUUCCUUUCGACUUGUAAUAUGUUGGUGAACUUUACAUUGCUUAGCACUUGUACCAUUUUCUACUUGUCAAACAUUAUAGCAAUUCAUAUUCGUUUUAUUCGACAUUCUGGGUUCCUUCCAAUUGAUGCGUUGGGUUCAAUUUGGAUUCUUUACCCUAGACAACUGUGUGUGGAUUGAUGACCUUCUUUAACAUGC